GGAGACGCACCUUUGGUGGAGGAGACGCGACGCGCUCAGGACUCCACCCCAUCCGCUCCCUGGCGGGGUGUCCUCGCGCUCCGCUCGCGAGCGUCCACACACCGAGGCUCCGCUACGAAACCCGAGUCGCGGCGGCAGCAGCAGCGCUGAACCCCUUGCAGAUAGUGAGUCUGUGCCACUACAGCCCCGGACGAGCCCCCUCUGUCCCCCAUCAGCAGGCGGACUGAACAGCCCUCGCCAUGAACUGGGCUUUCCUCCAGGGCCUCCUCAGCGGAGUCAACAAGUACUCCACCGCCUUCGGCAGAGUGUGGCUCUCCAUCGUCUUCCUCUUCAGGAUCAUGGUGUUCGUGGUGGCCGCCGAGAAGGUGUGGGGCGACGAGCAGAAGGACUUCAGCUGCAACACGGCGCAGCCCGGCUGCCACAACGUCUGCUUCGACCACUUCUUCCCCGUGUCCCACGUGCGCCUCUGGGCGCUGCAGCUCAUCUUCGUCACCUGCCCCUCGUUCCUGGUGGUGAUGCACGUGGCGUACCGCGAGGACCGGGAGAAGAAGCACCGCCUCAAAUACGGCGACAACUGCCGCAGCCUCUACCCGAACACGGGCAAGAAGCGCGGGGGCCUGUGGUGGACCUACGUCUUCACGCUGCUCUUCAAAAUCGGCGUGGACGCCACCUUCGUGUACCUCCUGUACUACCUCUACGAGGGCUACGACUUCCCGCCGCUCCUCAAGUGCGAGCAGGACCCCUGCCCCAACAAAGUGGACUGCUUCAUCUCCCGGCCCACGGAGAAGCGGAUCUUCACCCUCUUCAUGAUGGUCACCAGCCUGGUCUGCAUCGUGCUCUCCAUCUUCGAGCUCCUGUACCUGUUCGGCAAGCGCUGCUGCGAGUGCUUCGCGGCGGCCCGCAAGUCCCGCAGCGUCGCCACGGGGACGGCGUGCAGCGGGAGCACCUCCAUGGAGUCCAACUCCCUGAAGAUGACGAACAAACACUCCCCCGAUACGCCUGCGCCCUCGUACAGCGCCGUCAUGGCCCGAGGAACUGAGAACCGGCCCAAAGACUAGACUGUGGAAACCCUGAGGGGGAAAGAUGGCCGCUCUCCUUUGUUAUGGGAGACUUGUCAGCAGAUAUUUGUAUAUUCAAAGACUGAGCUACAGUGGUGUUAGCGUCCUACUGUUCCUGUAUUCAGUGUAAUACGGAACCAAACUACACAUGCUACUGCCAAUGUGUCAUUAAGCUGGAAUGUGCUUGCCGUGGGUUCGGGUCGGCGCAUUUUCAGGCCCUUUUGACAGAAUAAGUUCUACGCUUGGUCCCAUUUAGCCUCCGGAUCAAUUACAUGACUCACCCCAUACUUCGGAGUAUGGUUCUACAAACACAUGUGGUUUUUACUAACACAUGUGGUGUCCUGCGUAAGAUUUUCCCUCCGCUCGGAGCCCGGCCUCUCCGUGUUUACUGCCGACUGAAUUGCCUCUUCCCUUCACUUGCACAUCCUCACAUAUACUUGAGUAAAAACUGUAUUUUUAGGCGGCGUGAUUGUGGAUUGUGUUGCGUGUCUUGGUGAGCGGAUGAACCCUGCGUGCAGUUCAGUGAACGCAGUAAAUAGACUGCAUAUUUCAAAGAACUGCAUACCUGUAAAUACUUUUUUAUUAAAGAUGAUGUGUUGAAA